UUAAUAGUCUUCGUACGCCAUUCGACCUACGUAUGUGCAUCGAGUGACCUUCAGAAAGCGUUGCUGUUUUAUGUUUUAAACAAUAUAUCUGCGUCGUACUCAGAAAUAUUUUAAAUUACCGAAAUCAAUUACUCGUUGUCGUUCCCUUUUAGGUAUAUGUAACACGCUUGCUUUGAGAGUUGUGCUAUCCGCCCAUCAACUUGCGCACGGGUCCCGUUUAAAUGACAACUAUGAAGUAUUUCAACAUUGCUGUGCUUCUUGCACUUCUCACCGUUGCUAAUGCACUGAACAUUGAAGUCCUUCGCAAGGCCUUGGACACUACCCAAAAAGUUUGGUUGAAGAAGCGAAGCUUUCCGAUACCGGAUGAGAAGUGUACAUACGCUUCAAAGUUGUUUUUUAACCAAACUGAUUACAAGUUCCGACUACAUUAUGAAAUCGGCAAAGAAAAAGUGGUGCGCAAGUUCUUCGCUAAACUUGGAGGAGGAGAAGGGGGAGAAGAUCCGUGGCUGACAGUCAGCCGUCAGCAAGGUGGACCUACGCUGAAACACACGCUAAAGUUUGCGAGCGAGAACGAAAAGUGCGGUGUUCUUACAUUUUACCUCAAUGGCAAGGACCAAUGCGAAAUGCUUGCGUGGGACGAAACUGUCGACACAACAUUGACCGAAUGCGAAAAGAAAUAUAAUGAAUUAUGCCAGGAGUCGCAUUCGAUUUAUUCAAGCGACUGCAAAGCGAAGUCUGCCUAAAAUAAUUAACGACGUUGUCGUGCUAUAGCGCCAGUGUCAAUGUCAUCCACGUGCACCACUUUUUUUAUUUUUUUCGUUUCUACAGUAGGGACAUUACACUGGCAGUGUUCUAGAAUAGUUUCCUAAAUAUGGAAAAGAGCAGAUUAAAUAUUUGUUCGGAUGAUAUUCGCUCGAUGAAGCAGCUGCAGUUAUUUAGGAACUCAUUUACCUAAGUUCCACUCAAUAAAGUUGUAUUUCACAAGUU